AUGAAAAAAAAAUUAAAAUUGAAUUGUAUAUAUUUCUCUUUUAAAGGUCCUGCAUUAUCGAUAACCGUAAUUUCUCUAACAGCCCAUAUAAUGAGAGUAGUUUCUCCGAAAUUUGGGCAAUUAGUAUCUGAAGAAGCAAACCGUUACGGUUAUCUACGUCACAUACAUUCGCGUAUUAUAACGAACGCAGAAGAAAUUGCUUUCUACGGCGGCCACAAGGUGGAACUUCAACAACUUAGACAGGCCUAUAAUCGCCUGGUUAAUCAAAUGAACACAAUAUUUACGCAAAAAUUGUGGUUUGUAAUGCUAGAGCAAUUCUUUAUGAAAUAUGUGUGGUCGGGUACAGGCAUGGUUAUGGUUUCUCUACCAAUAUUAACUGGUGCUGUUACAAGCAAAUCAACAAGCUCUUCUAAUAACGACUCUACAGUUAGUGAACGUACUCAGUACUUAACGACAGCAAGGAAUUUGUUGAUUUCCGCAGCCGAUGCUAUUGAACGUUUGAUGUCUUCAUAUAAAGAAGUUGUUGCACUGGCUGGCUAUACAUGUCGUGUGGCAGGAAUGCUUGAGGUAUUUGAAGAAACCGCUCAAGGAAUCUACAGCAAAACAACUGUUGCAGAAAGCAAUGAAACCCAGGGUAUUAUUGAAUUCCGAAAUGGCAAACCAAUAGCUAAAGGUCGUAUUAUUUAUAAGAGGGAUCCCGACAUGUCAAUUUCUCUUAUUGCUGUACCUGUCGUUACACCCAAUUGUGAUGUUGUGGUACCAUGUUUGAAUUUAAGCAUAGAACCCGGCAUGCAUUUACUGAUAACUGGGCCAAAUGGUUGUGGUAAAUCCAGUUUAUUCCGUAUUUUAAGUGGACUGUGGCCAAUAUACUCGGGAGAAUUGCAUAUACCUCAACCGGUUGAAGGAAAACCUUGUAUGUUCUACAUACCACAACGUCCAUACAUGUCAAUUGGUAGUCUUUGUGAUCAAAUCAUCUAUCCCGAUUGUCGCGAAAAUAUGCUAAGGAAGGGCAUAACAGAAAACGAAUUAAGAUCCAUAUUAAAAAUGGUUUCCUUAGAACAUUUAGUUCAAAGGGAUGGUUUUGAUGUUAUACGUGAUUGGAAAGAUAUUUUAUCAGGAGGAGAAAAGCAACGCAUGGCUGUAGCCCGACUUUUCUACCAUAAACCGAAAUAUGCCUUAUUAGAUGAAUGCACCAGUGCAGUAUCAAUUGAUGUAGAAAGUUCAAUUUAUGAAACUGCCAAAAGUAUGGGCAUUACUCUCUUGACUAUUACACAUCGACCGACCUUAUGGAAAUUUCACACACAUAUAUUAGAAUUUGAUGGUCAAGGUGGUUGGAGUUUCCGUCAAAUGGAAGCCAAUGAGCAACAGAGACAGUUCCCAAUGCAUUAAAUGUUAUUUCGUUUUGUAUUAUAAUUAUUUUUUUAAUUUUGUUUUAUAUUUGUACAAUAUAAUUACGACUAAUUUAAUUGUAAA